AUGAUCAACCCUAUCAUCUACGAGACCACCACCUCGUCUGCUGCUGCUGCUUCUCAGUACCCUGCCCUACCGUCAGAGCAUGGCAAAUACGAACAUCCCUUCCGCCUGGCGCUGCCUCCAUUACCGCCAGGUUAUGCGGAACUCCCUCCCGCUUUGCUGGCUGCCAGCAUCAGUCGAGGCUCGUUGGAUAGGCUUACGGUGAAGAACAUAGGGCAGUUCCCCUUUGAUGACUUCCUUGCGUUGACUGAUGAAGAGGUCCGGGCUUAUGCUGAGGACCACGUCACAUCCCUCUACUUACAGGAUGCACUUCGUGCUGAUUUCCGCAAUGCCUCGCAGGUCUCCCGAGUCGUCGAUCGACUCGUGCCAUUAUUUUUACCACUCUCCUUCCACUCUAUUGGCAACUACGUCUCACAGGCUGUCCUCGAGGUCAGCGACAUGGCUACAUUUGAGCAGCUACUGAAUACCCAAAUCCUCAAAGGCCGUGCCUUGUUCGAUCUAUGCAUACAUCCGCAUGGUACACGUGUUAUCCAAAGGCUCAUUAGUGAGGCCAACGUGCGCUAUGGCGGAUCGAAUCAGCUACCUCUGCUGGGGGCCAUCCGAGUAUGUAGUAGGGAGCUAGCUAUCGAUGCUAAUGGAUGCUAUGUGCUCCUCAAGAUUCUCGAUGUGAUGGCCCAAAGUGGCUGGCUACUAGAAUGCCUCCUGGAUUGGUUCAUCGAAAUAAGCUGCUCACAAUGGGGUGUCAUUACUGCUAAGAAGGUUAUCGAGAGGUGUCCCGCUGUAGAUCGGGUUGAAAUGAUGCCGGAUAUGCAACAACAUUAUCCCAACGGACCGGGGUGGACAGAGCAUCCAGUUGUUGUUGGUCGUUACACUUCGAGGUUGCUGGACAUAUUUGUAUCGGACUUCGUCGUUAUGGCCAGACACCAGUACGGCAACUAUGCGGUUCAACAUAUCCUCCAGAGCCCGUCGCUCUCUGGCAGUACGCGAGGCUGCAAUGCUCUCGCGGAGGUCUCCAGGGUCCUGUCUACGUCGAUAGUCACCUUGUCCAAGGAUAAGUACUCGUCCAACUGUGUUGAGCUCCUCCUGGUACGCGGACCAUCAGCAUUCGCAAGGAAUUUUGCAAAGGAGCUUCUCACAGACAGACGGCUGGAAGAACUCCUGUGGGACACAUACGGUAACUACGUCCUUCAGAAGUUGCUGAUAGUGAUGAAAAAUCGAGGCCUCCCCGAGUUUGGAGAACUUGUCAAGAAUUUAAAGCCUGCUAUACACGCUAUACUGAAAACUAAAAAGAACCAUGCCGGCAACGACUGCAGUGGAGGGCAUUCUGGCAAUUCCGUGGCCGGCAGAAAUUAUCGAGUUGCGAAGAAACUAGUUGCGAAGUUCCCCGAGCUCUAUGAGGGCUUCUCAAAAUCACGUGGGCCAAAAUCUGAUAUGUAUCUACCUGAUAUUGGGCAGACGGAAGUGGAUGAUGGCUCGCGCUACGCUGGUGGCUUUACGGCUACAUCGACGCCAUCAUGGGAGGCGGCAUGCCGCAAUGAUGGGUACAGCAGGCCAGAAAGCCCCAACAAAGUACAUGAGGUCAAUCAAGAUGGGAACCUGGACAUGUCAUGUGGAGUAACUAGAGGUUCAAGCGAUGGACUGGUCAGCGCUGGUGGCUGA